AACUGAGUCACUUCCUUGUUGUGUAACAUUAGGUAACUGAUUAAAAUGCUUCUGUGUCUUUCCACAGCAUUACACAAGCAGCACAUUGGAACCUCAAAAAGAACCAGAGCCCUUCCUCUGUUUUAGUGAUAGAACAGGCUCAAUUCUGGUUAACACUGAAUGUCAUUCUGUGCAGUGAGAGGCUCGGGAAGUCUGGGAGAAUUUCCUCGGUGACUCUAAGACUAGGGUUGGCCUGCAGCUACAUCCAACUUCCUGGACCUGCUUAAGUCUGAACUCUGGUCUCAUGAAAAAUUCAAGGUUGAGACAUUUUUGAAAUUCUUUUUGUUCUUGCAGUUUUUUCAAGGGGGAACAUGGCAAAUAUGUUCGGUUUCAUCCUUGUCGCCACUGCUCUGAUAAUGGGCAAGGAAGUCUGGGCGCUCGAGGACUGUGCCCAGGAGCAGGCGCGGCUCAGAGCCCAGGUGCGCCUGCUUGAGACCCGGGUCAAACAGCAACAGGUCAAGAUCACGCAUCUUUUGCAGGAGAAGGAAGUCCAGCUCCUUGAUAAAGGAGAGGAGAGUAGUGUCAUUCACAUUGGAGGCAAGAGGCAGUAUGCAGAUUGUUCAGAGGUUUUCAAUGAUGGGUAUAAGCUCAGUGGAUUCUACAAAAUCAAACCUCUCCAGAGCCCAGCAGAAUUUUCUGUUUAUUGUGACAUGUCUGAUGGAGGAGGAUGGACUGUAAUUCAGAGACGAUCUGAUGGCAGUGAAAACUUCAACAGAGGAUGGAAUGACUAUGAAAAUGGCUUUGGAAAUUUUGUCCAAAAACGUGGUGAAUAUUGGCUGGGCAACAAAAAUCUUCAUUUAUUGACCACUCAAGAAGACUACACUUUAAAAAUCGACCUUGAAGAUUUUGAAAAAAAUAGCCGUUACGCACAAUAUAAGAACUUCAAAGUUGGAGAUGAAAAGAAUUUCUAUGAGUUGAAUAUUGGGGAAUAUUCUGGAACAGCUGGAGAUUCCCUUGCGGGGAAUUUUCAUCCUGAGGUGAAGUGGUGGGCUAGUCACCAAAGAAUGAAAUUCAGCACAUGGGACAGAGAUCAUGACAACUACGAAGGGAACUGCGCAGAAGAAGAUCAGGGUGGCUGGUGGUUUAACAGGUGUCACUCUGCAAAUCUGAAUGGGUUUUACUACAGCGGGCCCUACACGGCUAAAACAGACAAUGGGAUUGUCUGGUACACCUGGCAUGGGUGGUGGUAUUCUCUGAAAUCUGUGGUUAUGAAAAUUAGGCCAAAUGAUUUUAUUGCAAAUGUAGUUUAAUCAUUCCUGCUGGGCUAUUAUUUCUGCAGUUCAGCUUUUGUUUAAAGCGAUUUGAAACAGUAAUUCUGAGCAUAUCCAUGUGCAAUUAUGAUAACUGUUGUUGAGUACUGCUUUUCAUUCUUCUUACUCGCCUUUGUCACUUAAUGUACUUUCAGUACGACAGAUAUGCAAUAUUCAACAAAUAAAUGUAAAUUGUGUUACCAUU